GGGAGGAUGAAGACGGCGCUUACCGUAACUAGUAGCAGAGCAGCGCACUUACAUCCCCCAAUAGCCCAUCUGUCACAGUCGGUCAGACCUGAUCACAAAGAAAACAUUAAAAGCAGGGCAUCCAUGGAACUGAGAGAAAUGGAUCUUAUGCUAAUUUGACGAAUUUUGGAUGAUGUAGUUAAAACGAUAAUCGACUUAUAACCUAUUAUACGUUAUGUUUUAAACAUAGGCGCACCCUAGCCUAAGCAUGUUUUGAUUUAGCAUUGCCCGCUAAUAGUCAAACAUAUGCCUUUCCUAUGAAAUGUAUUGCCUACUUGAAGAGUAAGCCAGUCAAAUAAUUUGACUUCCCCCUUGAAAACGUCGAUUACUGAAGUAUAUAGCUGAAAAUAUUAAGGAUACAAAUAAAGCAGCUAUCAUGACCUUCCCCCGUACCAUUAUACAAAAAUAAAAGCAAUAAACAACAACUUAAACGGAGUCCUACUGAAAAGAUUACUGUUACACACAUUUUAUAUUUAAUGAGCAUGUACAACAGCGAGGGAGGGGCUUUAAUCGAUUUUGUUUACUUACGUUAUCGUCAUUUCAUUAUAGACUAUAUUUUAAACGUUACACUUAAAUAUCAAUAAAUGUAAUAAAGGCAUUUCAUUUAUUAAACAAAAAAUACGGAAAACCUUAAAUAUCCGAUAGGGAGCGCAGUUGGCUUUCACUGAGUUGUUGCAGAGUGGCCCCGCUAGAGCUGUGAUAACGGUGGGGUCUUUGUGUUUUUUAGAAUCUGUCAGAAUUGGAUGGUCAAUGAUUGGCCAUUUUAUUAUUCAAAGGUAUAAUAUCCCUUUAUUUAUAAUAGCAACAUAGUGAUAUGCCUAAUCGUGAGAACCACACCGAUUUAGUGAGUGACCAUAACUGAGCCUGAAUAUCCGUAUAUUUUGGGGGGAAAUAAGAGCAGAUUAUUUCCCGGAAUUAAACCCGGAAUCAGAUUAGGAUUCCGGAAAAAGGCUGGCUUCACGGGGCUAAAGAGUUCGUUUGACCACCCGAUCAACCCAUUAGAUUAGACUUUAUAAUAAAGCCACACUACUCUUUACCGCCCCCUGGUGGAGAACCUCAGACGUUCACGUUAAUUCAUUCGCCGGACGAGGAUCGACAAGUGCGCUCCGCCGCUUCUUCCUCAAGGUCCUCAAGCGCGCUCUUUCUCACACACAUCUGGAUUGAGGAUGAUUUCAGCGGAGCAAUGUAACAUUGUUUCAGCAUCCACGGGAAAACUUAACUUAAUUAUGGGAUUGUUCCUUUCGGGGUCUUUCGGGUAAAAGUAGAUUAAACCCUAUACUCGCUGCCUUUGUUCGGCUCUCUUUAAAGUUACGAUGUCUUAUUUCCCGUGGAAAGAGGAGAAAUGUUCCGACGCGGUGAGAGGAACGCGCUGGACCUCACAAGUGCCGAAUUACAGUAAAACCAUCGCGUUCUUGAGGGACGACUCUCCGAGUGGUGAAGUGGAUGUCUGCUGCUCAUCCCGCUCAGAGGAGCGCCCGUCCCCCGAGGGCUUCGGGACGAGCGCCGGAGACCCGCAGCGGAGCAUGUCCUGCCAGAAGACCGUGAAGUCUCUAGCGGGACAGUUCGGGGGAUCGUCCGGGGACAAUGGCCGUUUCUCUCCGGCUCUCUCGGCCGGGACGGCCCGGUGUGGACUCGGUAUGCCGGUGGCGGUGGAUUUAGGGGCUCGAAGAUCAGAGGAAGAGAGAAAAGUUGCGCGCUGUGACAAGUGUUCGCUGACCCUGGUGGCGCUGAAGAAGCAGGCGCUCAGUCUGCUCGUGCAGAACCACUUCUCCUCCAAGGACCUGGCGGCCAUGUCUACGUUCCUCCACAACAACCUCCGGGUCCACAGCAGUCGCUCAACAGCCGACCCCAGGGAGAAGGACCGGGACCAGGGCUUGUGCAUCUCCUGCGGGGUCCACCUGAACCAGCUCAAGCAGGAGGCCGUCCAAGUGGCUCUGUCCAGAGAGAACAGCCGCUGGCCAGGCCACGCGUCUCCAGAACACGCCUCUGGAUCGUCGACGAACACCAAUCAAGCCGACCACGGAUCCCCGGUGUUAAAUGGGACGGGGAGCCCGAGACGGCAAGAGACGGUACCGCAUGGACACGAGAGUUCAAGAGGCAUGGUGCAACUGGUGGAGAGUGAAGUAGCAGUUGUUCCUCAACAGCACAGUUUCCCCCAGAGUUAUGUGAGUCCCCAGAUCUUUCAGGGGAGCCCACAGAGGAUCCAAGACCGCCCCAAAGACCGGACCCAGGACCAAAUGCCUCAGUGGAAUCUUGAAAGGACCCAAGAACAACCUCAAGUCCGUCCACAAGAUCGCCCCCAAGAUUGGAACACUCAAAGGACCUUGGACCGUCCACGAAGCCGAACCCCACAGAGGCACCCAGAAGGGAACCUGGAUCACCCUCAAGACUACCCCAAAGACAGCGCCCAAAACCGGAUUGUUGACCGCCCCCAAAACCGAACUCCUCAGCACACUAUUGAACACCCCCAUGACCACCCCCAGAACCGAACUCCUCAGCACGGUAUCGAACACCCCCAAGACCAUCCCCAUGGCCGCCACAAAGACCAGAACCCUCAGUGGACCCUUAACUGCCCUAAAGACCGGACCCCUCAGAGGAAUCCAGAAUGGACGAGAGACCACCCCCAAGACCACCCCCGAAACCGAACUCCUCAGCGCAUUGUGGAACAGAUUCUAGACCAGCCCCAAGACCACCCCCGAAACCGAACUCCUCAGCGCAUUGUGGAACAGAUUCUAGACCAGCCCCAAGACCACCCCCAAAACCGUACUCCUCAGCGCAUUGUUGAACGGAUUCUAGAUCACCCCCAAGACCACCCCCAAAACCGUACUCCUCAGCGCAUUGUGGAACGGAUUCUAGACCACCCCCAAGACCACCCCCAAGGCCGAGCUCCACAGCGCAUUGUGGAACAGAUUCUAGAGCACCCCCAAAACCGUACUCCUCAGCGCAUUGUUGAACGGAUUCUAGACCACCCCCAAGACCACCCCCAAGGCCGAACUCCUCAACGCAGUGUGGAACAGAUUCUAGAGCACCCCCAAAACCGAACUCCACAGCACAUUGUGGAACAGAUUCUAGACCAGCCCCAAAACCGAACUCCUCAACGCAGUGUGGAACGGAUUCUAGAGCACCCCCAAAACCGAACUCCACAGCGCAUUGUUGAACGGAUUCUAGACCACCCCCAAGACCACCCCCAAGGCCGAACUCCACAGCGCAUUGUGGAACAGAUUCUAGAGCACCCCCAAAACCGAACUCCACAGCGCAUUGUGGAACAGAUUCUAGAGCACCCCCAAAACCACCCCCAAGGCCGAACUCCACAGCGCAUUGUGGAACAGAUUCUAGAGCACCCCCAAAACCACCCCCAAGGCCGAACUCCACAGCGCAUUGUGGAACAGAUUCUAGAGCACCCCCAAAACCGAACUCCUCAGCGCAUUGUGGAACAGAUUCUAGAGCACCCCCAAAACCACCCCCAAAACCGAACUCCUCAGCGCACUCUGGAGCGGAUUCUAGACCAUCCCCAAGACUAUCCCCAUGACUGCCACCAAUACCAGAACUCUCAGUGGAAUCUAGAUGGCCCCCAAUACCAGUCCCCACAGAGGAACCCAGAACGGAUCCAAGACCAUCCCCAAGACCGGACCCUGGAACGCCCCCAAAACCGAACUCCUCAGCGAACCUUGGAACAGACCCGUGACAAUCCUCCUGCCCAUCCCCGAAGCCGAACCCCUCAAAGGACUCUGGAACGGAUCGUAAACCAUCCCCAAGACCGCACCCUGGAGCGACCCAAUAACCGGACUCGCCAUCGCAGCCUGGAACGGAUCCUAGAUCACCCUCGAGACCGCGGCCAAGACCGGACCCCUCAGUGGAGUCCAGAACGGACUCUAGAGCGACCUCAAGAUCGGACCCUAAACCGUACCCCCCAAUGGAUCCUGGAGCAGACUACACACUGGAACUCAGAACAAACCCUGAACCGGACCACCCCCCAGCGAACCCAGACCAAGACCCUUGAUCGGCCACAAAACCGCUCUCCUCUGCCGAUCCUAGACCGCCCCCAGAACCGGACCCCUCAGCGAACCCUGGACCGGACCCGGACCCACUGGAAGUCAGAACAAACCCUGAACCGGAGACUUGAGUGCCCCCAGCAACAGUCCCCUCAGCACACCCCAGAGCGGACCUCUCAGACCCUCAGGCGGCGAAGCCCCAAACCAGCGAACGCCGACAUGAACCGCUGGGUGGCGGAGCAGCAGCAAAUGGUUGCCGUGGUGAAGUCGGUGGCGGCGGCCGGCGGCAACGGCGGUGACGUCUAUCCCUACCAGGUACUAGCCCUGACUGGGGGAGGCUUUUUCUUUUUAAUGAGCUCUGUUGUGUUCCCUCGGCAGGCUGGCGGGAGGGUCCCUGAGGGGCGUGGGGGGGCCGGGACUCUGCAGAGCAGCCCCAAGAUGGCUCACAUUGCCAGGGUGGCCACCAUCGCCAACUCCGCUGCCAUGGCCUUCCUAGCCAGAGCGGCCCAGAAGUUGAACCUGAGGAGGAAAGGUUUGUCUGGGGGGCCGGGCAGUGCGGGACGCCUGGGCCAUCACUCCACCUGUUUCAGGGGCCUUAUAGAGAAGAACCCGCCCCCGGUUCCUCCCAGUGUGUUCCACAACGGCAGCAGAAGCAGAGAGCCACAGAACACUAGCCAGGUCAAAGUCAUCCUGAGGGUGUGUCCUCCGCCCCCCCUGUCCUCCGAGGGCCCCCUCCGGGCCCCCCUGCUCCGCAUCGACCAGUCCAGGAAGAGGGUGACGGUGGUGGAGCCCACCUGGAACAGCCUGCCGCGGGCCCGGCUGACGCAGCGCCGCGAGGAGAGGGCCGUGUUCAAGACCUACGCCUUCGACCACGUCUACCCCCAGGAGACCGGCCAGGCCGAGGUGUGCUCCGGCGUCCUGACUGACGUCAUCCGCGGCGUGGUGGGCGGGGUGGACGCCUGCGUCCUGGGUCUGGGCUGCGUGGAGGCAGGGUCCUGGUCGGCCAUGGUGGGCAGCGACGAGAGCCACCAGACGCUGGGCGUGAUCCCCUGCUCCAUCCCCUGGCUGUACGGGGCCGUGGAGCGCUGGAAGGAGCGCACCUGGACCCACCUCAGCGUGUCCGUGUCGGCCGUGGAGCUGCGCUGGGGCGGCCGCGGCGGCGGCGGCGGGGAGGGGGAGGAGUCGCUGAGGGACCUGCUGGCCGAGGUGGCCCCCGCGCCGACCUCCGGCCCCCCGGACCGGCCGGCGGGCCACAUCACCCUGCACGAGGACCCCCUGAUGGGGGUGACGCUGCGUAACCACAACAGGGUGAAGUGUCCCACCGCCGAGAGGGCCGCCUCCCUCCUGGACUCCGCCAUCGCCUCCCGUCUCCACGGCAACCAGACGGAAGCCCGCGGCGUUGGCGAUGACAUCCCGGCGCCGCCGGCGUACCACAGCUCCGUGAUGUUCUUCACCAUGCACGUCACGCCGCCGCGCACGGACCUCAGCGCCAACGGCAAAGCUCCCCGCGGUCCGUCUCGGUUGACCAUGAUAGAUGUGUGUAGUAGUAUGAAGAUGAUGACUGUGGUCAGCAAGACCCGGAGCGAGCUUCCCCAGACUGGACUGCCCUCUCUCCUCUAUUCCCUCCUCAGCGGGAACAGAAACAUCCCCAGCAAGGGCAGCAAACUGACCAUGCUGCUCAAAGAGUCUCUGGGCCGGGCCCACUGCCUGACCACGGUGUUGGCCCAGGUGUCGGACCUCCCGGUUCACCUCCCUGAAGCCCUGUCCACCAUCUACCUGGUGUCCCGCGUCCGCAGGGCUCAGAGGGGGCCCAAGUCCGCCUCCUCCUCCCCGUGUGGCAGAAGCCUGGGCAAAGACAAGCGGCCUGGCGGCCAUCGGUCCAUGACCCUGCGCGCCUUCCACUCCACGGGCCAGGUCGACGUGGACGCGCCCCGCCUCCGCCUGCGCGGGGACCCCGACGACCGCUCCAUCAGCGACCAGUCCUGCGACACGGUCAUCCACAUCGGCUCCGACGGCGCCGUCCACAACCCCAAAUCCGCCCGGAUGUUGCCGCUGACCCGGCCGCCGUUCGUGCCCAUCGUCCCCUCGCUGCACCAGGGGGAGGCCAACGCGGACGACCCCGAGUUCACCGCCCUCCUGGUGGAGCUGCUGAAGAUCCCCCAGUCCCAGGCGGAGCAGAGGAAAGAUAAACCCCCGAGAGGGAAGGUGGCGGAACCGCCGAAGGUGGAGGCGAAGCCUCCGGAAAGGGACUGUCUGAAAUGCGAAACCUUCGCCGAGCUUCAGGAGCGUCUGGGCUGCAUCGACGGCAGCGAAACGGCGACGGGAGCGCCCAAGCCGCCGUGCAAACACCCCAGAGUCGACGAUGUCACGACUGAGACGCGCUCACAGAACGAGAUGGCGGCGGUGCAGAGCGAAUCGGCGGCCGAGGCGCCCAGGACGCAGGGCCAGCCGGGCCAGGAGUACGUCCACGCUCACUCCUCUGCCGGGGAGAAGAAGUCCGACGGGGCCGCUCCAGGGGACACCUUCCAGAGGGAGGACUCGGGCCUCUACGACUGCGAGGACGGCAGUGCGGCCAGCUCCGCCGAGGAGCCUCAGAACCAGAGUCUGGGCCGGGGGCGGAUCCUGCGGGCGAACCGCUCCGAAACGCCAGACUCUGCCACGCCCAGGUCCUCCUCCGACUCCAGUGGGAAGGAGGAGCUUCAGGGCUUGGGUUCCGCCUCGGUUCCGGGCCCUGUCCCUCAGUCCACAGAAAGCCAGAGGGUUUCAGAGGACGGCGAAUGGGCCAAACCCCAAUUCAGGACCUCGCCGAUUGGCAAAAGUUACCCGGUGUCCACCUCCUCCUCGUCUCCCUCGCCCCCUUCCCUGGCGAAGAGUGUCUUGCUCGGGGGCCUCUUGCCCCACCUCCCGACGGACGAACUCAAGGAAAUGAAGGCCACCAUCACGGUGACGGUGCAGCAGCCGUUGGACCAGGACGGCCACGACGAGAUCGUCUAUUCCAUGGUGGAGGAGGUGACCAUCAGCGGGGCGUUGGACCGGGACGCCAAGGGCCGCAGCAUCAUUCGUAUCAGAGAGAACACCCAGUCGGCAUCGCAUGCAAACGGCUCAGCCUGCUCUCAACCCAUUAGGAUCAUUGGCAAUGUCGUCGAGGAGUCUGGGACAGCGGACUAUUGCAGUAAGCCCAGUGACCCUUUGGUUCACGCCCCGUCCAGGGAGUCCAGCGCCCAGCCAAAACCCCCGCCGGUGAAAUUCAGGAAGGAGAAUAAAUUAUUGCCUUCCUUCAUUAAUCCCAUGCUGGUUGAGACAGACUGUGAGUCCUACCUGGACAGCGAUGAACCCAGAUACACUUCUAAUGUUUUCUUUGCAAGCCGGGAGCCAGUGACUCUCGAGCCCAGGAAGGAAACUCCCAGGAAGGAUGAUCGCAUAAAGGACGAUCACGGAAACGUAGCCGAAGGGAGACGGCUUGCGAGGGGGGCCGUCGCAUUCGAGACCCCCGACCUUAAGUAUGAUCAUCUAUCCACAUUACCCUUAGUGCAAAUGUCAUGUGACUCACGUGACCACCCGUCUGCAGCUUUGUACGAGGAGACAAAAGCCAAAAACUACAACAAGAGGCAGAACAACACAGACAGGCCUUGUCCCCGAGGGAAAGAGCCUGUUUAUCCCACCGCCGCUCCCCAGGGCCGGCCGGGAGCGGGGGUGGCUCACAGAGGCGUCGGGAAUGCCCCCCAGGGCAUCGCAGCUUCGCUCGGUUGCCUGGCGACCCUUCCCGACGACCUCAAAGCAAACAGUCUGCCGAGGGGCUGGCAGGGAGCCCGACAUGGGGAGGGGCGCCGGGCGGGGCGCCACGUGACCGACGACCGCCGGCACCCCGGGGGCACCACCUCAUCCACCCCGUCGAGUCCCAGGGUUACCAUGGAGAGGAGGCACCGCAGGCACCACCGCUCCAGGCACGACGGCCUGGACCUCUCCCCCCCGCCGAGCAAGAACCAUCACUCAGGGGACAGCCGGCGGGAGGGCGGUGGUGGUGGUGGUGGCGGUGGUGGUGGCGGUGGUGGUGGUUGCAGUGGCGGUGGUACACUCAACAGAAAGGCCCGGUCUUUGUUCCGAACCGGCUCAAAGUCGUGGAGCCUGAGCAAGAGGAGCGACAGUUUGAACGGCCUGAAGUCGGCCGCCGCCGAGCCGACCAGCGGCUGGAAUCUUGGCGCCAAGCUGCGGCAACUAACCAGUCGGACCAACUCGCUGGGAAGGAGCCCGGCAAAGUGCCCGUCCCCCGACCCGGGCAGCAGCAACACCUCGGUGAGCUCCAGGACAAGCUCUAAGGGCAGCUCUAAGGGAAGCCUCGAGGGGAAGACUAAGGGGGGCUCCAAGGGGUCGCAUGAGGAGGUAUUGAAGGGGAAGGGGAAGAGGAGUUAUGAGGGAGAAUCAACCUUAGCCAGGAACAGCAGGAGCCCGAAGAAGAGCCCCAGGUGCGCGCCGGUGGAGGAGCCCGGUCACCGUUCCGACCCCUCAAACAGCUACCCUUCGCCCCAGUCCCAGAGGUCCGCCUCCUCCAAGCUCUCCGCAGUGGGGAAACUCAAGAUGGCCACCCCCAGAGUACGCCGGGUCUCCAACUCGGGCACCAGGACCCUCAGCUUCUCCCGCAGCGACCCGCGGCGGGGCAUCAACCGCAGCGCCAGCCUCUCCCCGGACGGGAAAGCCUUCCAGCGGGACCAGCCGUCCUGCUUCCCCUCCCUGUCCUCCUCGCCGCCCUGGUCCAUCCCUUCCCUCAGCCGCACCCAGAGCCAGAGCUCCUCCUGCUGCUCGGCCGCCACCAAGUCCCCCCUCCACGGGGUCAUCGACGGACGCUUCUCCGACUUCCUGAAGGACCGGGAGUCCUGCCUCGCCCCGACGAUCUCCGCCGAGCCCAAAGGCCGAACCCCGAUCGAAGAAGACGACGAGGACGGCGACGAGGACGACGGGCUGUUCGACCUCCCGGGGCGAGCGGGCGCCGCGGACGACGAGCGCCCGCACGGCGUCCCGUCGCCGUACAGCCGGCUGACGGCGCCGCGCGCCCCCACCCACCUCAGCGGGCACGGCAGCGACGUCACCAGCGUGCUGAGCGGGGAGUUGCCCCCGGCGAUGGGCAAGACGUCGCUGCUGGUGUUCCCCAAGCGGAGCAGCGGGGUGAGCAGCGGCUACGAGAGCCUGGCGAGGGACGGCUCCUCCCGGGACUCGGCCAGCGACCGGGCCUCCCCCCUCCAGAGGACGGAGGGCCGGCCCGCCCGGAGGAGGGGCUACAACGGGGACAAACGGGGCAUGAUGAAUUGAUGACUGUAAUUUGUUGAUUUGGACAAAAGUUGAUGAAAUAUGUAACUGGUGAAAAUGUUGUUGAGACGGAAAUGACUGAAGAAUGAUACCUCAACUAUCGGUGUAAUUGACUAAUAAAAUAUACGAAUGUUUUUUCCAUUA